CACCUGAGAAGCAGCUGGAAGUCACAACAGAGCAGGGCCCCUGGCCGAGGAGUGAUCACAGCAUCAUCAGCACAGAGUUGUCAACAUGGGGAACUGUCUUGAGUUUUUCAAGAAUUUUUUUUGCCGGCAAAAGAACACCAAUGUUCGCAUUAGUCUGCCUGCUGUCUGCUUCGUCUGGCAGAUUGCUAUGAUUAUACUGUUUGGAGUUUUCAUCCGGUAUGAUGAGGAAUCAGAUGUAAGGAGAUGGAUAGAGUUCAAAAUUAGUCACAACAUCACCAGCGACAUUGAAAAUGACUUCUACUUCAGAUAUCCCAGUUUCCAGGACGUCCACGUCAUGAUCUUUGUUGGAUUUGGUUUCCUCAUGACCUUCCUGAAACGCUACAGCUUCGGUGCUGUUGGCUUCAACUUCCUGAUUGCUGCCUUUGGUUUGCAGUGGGCUCUUCUCAUGCAAGGCUGGUUCCAUUCGCUUGACCCCGAAACCGGAAAAAUCUCUAUCGGAGUAGAGAGUCUGAUCAACGCUGACUUCUGCUGUGCCAGCUCUCUGAUUGCCUACGGUGCCCUCCUGGGAAAAACCAGCCCUGUCCAGAUGAUGGUCGUCACCUUAUUUGGCGUCACGCUGUUUGCUGUGGAGGAAUACAUCAUCCUCACCCUCCUUCAUUGCAGAGACGCUGGUGGCUCCAUGGUCAUUCACGCCUUUGGAGGGUACUAUGGUUUGGCCAUCUCCUGGGUCCUCUACCGACCAAACCUACACCAAAGUAAACGCCUCAAUGGAUCUGUCUACCAUUCUGAUCUGUUUGCCAUGAUUGGAACACUGUUCCUGUGGAUGUACUGGCCCAGUUUCAACUCGGCCAUCACGGACCAUGGCAGCGGACAGCACAGAACAGCCAUCAACACUUACAUUGCCCUCGCUUCCUCUGUUCUCACCACGGUGGCCAUCUCCAGCAUGUCUGACAAGAGAGGAAAACUGGACAUGGUGCAUAUCCAGAAUGCCACGCUGGCAGGUGGUGUUGCCAUGGGAACAGCAGCAGAGUUCAUGAUCACUCCUUACGGUGCACUAAUCGUGGGUUUCAGCACUGGCAUCAUCUCCACCUUUGGCUACCUGUUUGUCACGCCUUUCUUGGAGAAAUACCUCAAGCUCCAGGAUACAUGUGGCGUCCACAACCUGCACGCUGUGCCAGGGAUGCUCGGUGGCUUUAUAGGCGCCAUUGUGGCUGCUGCCGCCACUGAAGAGGUCUAUAGCAGACAGGGGUUGAUCGAGACAUUUGACUUUGAAGGCGAAUUUGCAGACAGAUCUGUGUUAACCCAGGGAGGCUUCCAGGCUGCUGGCACAUGUGUGGCUAUUGCGUUUGGAGUUGUUGGAGGAGCGGGUGUUGGUCUCAUUCUGAGGCUCCCUAUCUGGGGCGACCCUGCUGAUGACAACUGCAUGGAUGAUGAAGUUUACUGGGAGGUUCCUGAGGAUGAGGAGACCAUCCCUCCUGUUUUGGAGUACAACAACCACAUGAUACACAAGCACCAAGACAUAUCCGAGUCAAACUUCUCCGUGGAGCAAAGUUAGAAAGAUCAACUCCCUCAUAUCAAUUUGAACUUGAUACAGCUGUGAAACGACAUUAAUUUAUGAAGGAGCUGCCCUCAAAAAUGCGCAAUUCCACAAGAAAGAAACACACAGGUCAUCUGCCACUCUUGUUUUGCACUGUUUACACCUGAUGCAUUUGUCUAACACCUUUGUCAAAGAUCGGAAACUUAAGGUUUAUGAUGAUGGUGGUUAAUGGAAAAAUGAUUCUGAAUCAAAACUGGUAUUAUUCUUGAAGGAAAUUUUAAACUUUAUUUACUUUCUCUUUAAAUAUAAAUUGCAGAUGCCCUUUAAUUUUAAUUAAAUAUUAUCAUUAGUGAUGUUUGCCAUUUUAUUUCUCGUAAAUGAAGAGCGUGUUGACGUGCAGUUUAUUUAGUUGUGCAUGCAUAAAAACAGCUGUUUAUUGAAUAAUAAAUUUGUGCAGCCAAAUUAGACAAUUGUUGAGUUGUAUAUUUUAGUUAUUUCUUUCAGAUAAUGUAUAGGUCUUUGUGAGCUGCAUGUACAUAUGAAUUUAUCACUAACUAUUUGUUUGUUGCAUAACUUACUUGUUCUUGUGGUGGAAGUUUUGAGUAACUAUGACACAAUUUCCAGUGAUUUGGUUGCUGUAGUGUUGAAUGUUAGGCUACCUCCAAUACACUAUAUGUGAUUGCAUGUGACAAUCUGCUUGUUAUAUAGUUUCAGAUGUACACAUUCAUGAAUCACAUGUAACUGGAAUUAAAUAAUAAAGUUAUAUUGUCUUUACACUCACAUUUUUAAAAGCCCCUACGAUGAAUAUGAAAUAAUAUCAUAGUUUAAUUAUUACAAUACUGAUAUUACUGAUACUACUGUGAUAGUCACACUCAUGUGCCUUGAAUAACUAGCAUGAACGAUGUGAGAAUCUUCCUCGGUGCAUACAAGUAGCCUAAAUAAAUGGUCAAACAUGAA